CAGCCCUAGACUAUUCCAGAAAUCAACAGCUGACGAAUCGGCAGCAAUUAGUUUUGAGUGAAAAAGUGUUGGCCCUUUAGCUAAUAUUAGACAACAAAUAAACCGAUGUGAAAACAAAGUUUUAGAUUUUGUUGUCAUUGGCUUAAAAUUCUGCCACUUUUAAUUGGGAAUCGUUGAUUAUUUGGAAAUGCAACAGGUCGGGGACUUGAAAAUAUUAGCAAACAAUUCUGUUUAGUUAUUGGUUAUUUCUUAAAAGCCGGAAUAUGCAAGCGUCUUCUUCUGAACACCACAAACGUCAGGAAUACUGCACAACCAGACUUAAAUACCGUCAAGGCCGGGAAUUGAAAGCUGUCAAGGUUUAUACAGUAGCUAGUGAGUCCCGGCAUUUGCUGAUCUUUGGUGUACCUAAAAUAAACCUUCAAGCUAAUCUCAAGGCGAAGCUGCAGGGAUUUGGUAAAGUGCAAUCGUGCAUUUCCGUAACUUCAGAGAUUUCUUCAAAAAUGGAGCUGGAAGCUUUUACAGAUGUGUUUGCAGUGAAAUUCGAGCGUCUAGAGGUGGCCAGACGAGCCAAGAAGAUGCUUGAUGCCCAACAGUUUUAUGGUGGAACCUUACACAUAUCCUACGCUCCAGAACGGGAAUCCGUCGAGGAACUUAGGGAGAAGAUGCAGCAACGAAAGAAUGAGGUGGCUUUUCGUAUUCUGCGAAAUCAAAAGGAUCAACCCCAAUUUUCGAAAAAGAGCCGGGAAGCCACAUGAGUACAGGAUGUUAACGCUUUAUUCAACUUAACUGAUUUCAAUGAACUUCGAAGGCAGAACGAUGUCAUUAUUAUCGAUACAGCAGAGUGCUAGUUGCUAUCACUCUCUAGCCUCAGCUCCCUGCCCGUUCACUCGGCCAACCCUCAAUCCUUCUGUACUAUUUCUGCUUAGUCCGGCGCAGGUCGUGGUAGUAAUUCAGCAGACCAAUGCGUUUGGCCCAUAUCUGUGCUCCAUACGUGGCCCAAAAGCUGUCGAUUACAGCAGGAUUAAUAAGAUAACCAGUGAUGGUAAGGAUAUACAAGCCAAACUUACAUGCCAAACAUGGCGCCGCCCAAAUGCGCUGCGUGAUCGAAAAACUUCCAGCCCAGCACGACGCCGGCAAAGUCGAUGCCCAUUAGCACUUUAAUACCGGCUCCAGCGGAGAAUGUCAGCGCGGGCAGAAACAGAAUGCUAAGUUGCGUAUCCGGAUAUUGGGUGCAUACAUAGGCCAACAGUGUCAUUAUAGCUCCAGACUAAACAAGACUUUUAAGUUUAUAGAUACUACAUUGAAUAAAGGCUGUCUUACCGCACCCAGGGACAUCCCCGCCUGACUCGUGCCCGCCUUGUAGAGCACGCUCAUCAGACUGGAGAAGACACCGGCGCUGAGGUAGACCGCCAAGAAUUGUUCUUUGCCCAACGAAAGAACCGCAGCGUUGGCGAAGCUGUGCAUCACGUACAUAUUGGCGAAUAUGUGCAUAGCCGAGUAGUGGCUGAAUGUGGACAGGAACAUGGGCCAGCAGACGACUCCUGCGAGAAGGGGAUCAUAUAGAAUUAAUCAGCUUGAAAAUAAUAAUAUUUUAAAAAUACUUCAAAGCGAAAAAUAGUUUAAAGUCAUUUGGUAUUAAGCUAAAAGCAACAAUCUGACAUAAUUACAUUAAAUUCCUAUCUUAUAUAACCAUAUGUAUGUGGGAAAAAUGGAUUCAUGGAU